CUCUCACCAGCAGAGGGCUUCUUAAAUAAGAAUUAUUUCCCUUUGUGAAGGACAGACUGCUGCCGUCGUGGGCUCAUCAAGACGCGAUGGCCCGUGAUAAUAAGUUCUGCUCAAUUUUGCUGCUUUUCUUCGUUAUUUGCGCAGUGUCAGAUGGACUACUGGUAACUCUACUCUCUUUUUCUGGUCGACCAAACGUUUGGUGGAAUGUCCCAGACAAUCACCAACUCAUGGCAGAUAUAAGGAGCAAUCUGACGGAAGCGAGGGACCAACGAGCUACUUAUACUCUAACCAUGAUACCUCCGAGGCUCGGGUACAAAGGACUCGUAAUAGGCUUUGGGGAGUUAGCAGUCGGUGCCGCAAGUAGAAAACUGCAAUUGGUUUUGCUUGACAGUAUACCAGACAACCUUUUACCAGCUGCUUAUAUCAAUAGGAUGAAGAGAGAAGUUGACGCGGUAGAACCAAAGAAGCGUUUGGUCCUUGGCUACAAUCCUUUUAUUUGGAACCUUUUCCCUAUUGUGCUUUUUAACAACUGUUACAACUAUGCCAACAAUAGAAUGACGCACACCUUUGCACAGCCUGGAAGGGGUUCGGGGGCGAUAUAUGCAGGGAUAACUGGCGCUCUGGUGGAAACAGCAGCAGUGAAUGAUGGAUUGCGAGUCAUUGCCAACCCGCAAUUGCCGGAUAAAUCGCCGGACUUUGUGGUGGCUCUUGUUGUCGAACCCAAUGUUGACUUCCACUGGUAUGUUCUGAACCAUCAUGGUCUAUGGUCUCACAAGCCUGGUCAAACGGCCGCGGUUAAUUGGGAUAAUGCUGGAGCACCGAUAAAUAAUGUUCCAGCUUGUAAUAUGGGCAACUAUCAGUUCCGCAGCUACAUGGCGACCAACUAUUUGACUACGAUCCAGUGAUCGCAAAGAGGUCGUUUCUCAUUAUAUUGUUUAACCCUGAGAAUUAAGGUAUAGCUCUGUAAAGCUAUUUCAAAUAAAAGGGUAUUGCUUCAAUCA